UAUGCCAUGUAGGUCAGAGGUAUCUGGAGCCACACCUUGCCAGGAGCCCCAAGGCAGGCUGGGGCGGGUCCCCAUUCACGCCCAACCCUUGUGGCUCAUCACCCAGAACCUGGGCCACAGCGACAGCCAGUUCUCAGAUUCACCAUGCCUUAGCUGCAGGAGCAGGGGGUACGCAGCCCUGAGCCUGCUAACGAGGAAGAGAAAGGGCGGUCUGGUCGAGUUGGGCCUCUCUGGGGCUGCGGUGGCUUUCCCCAGGGGACGCUGUGACACGCCCUCUGAGCUUCUCCCUCUCUCCCUGUGGAGCUCGAGGGGUACAGCCACCCCACAGGGACCAUGCCAGAAGUGCUUCUUCUCAGGUCUGCCAGCUCCAUCCUGAGGACCGUGUUCGUAAGCAGACUGCUGCCAGGUGGGCCUGGGUGUGUUCGAAAACUUAGUUUGAACCUGAAGUACCAGCAAGGAAUAAGGCCGAGUGUACGAAGCAGCUCCUUAAUUGAUGGGCAAACACUCUCCAAAGAGUCUCCAAGUCACGGUCUCGAGCUCUCAGCUCCAGAAAAGGCAAGGGCUGCCUCUUUGGAUGGUGCAGAGGAAGCACUAUGGACAACCCGGGCGGAUGGGAGAGUGCGCCUGCGCCUGGAACCUUUCUGUACUCAGCGUCCCUAUACCGUGCACCAGAUGUUCUACGAGGCCCUAGAUAAGUACGGGAACCUCAGUGCUCUGGGCUUCAAGCGCAAGGACAAGUGGGAGCGUAUCUCUUACUACCAGUACUACCUGAUUGCACGCAAAGUAGCCAAAGGCUUCUUGAAGCUCGGCCUAGAGCGUGCCCACAGCGUGGCGAUCCUUGGCUUCAACUCUCCAGAAUGGUUCUUCUCUGCAGUGGGCACAGUGUUCGCAGGGGGCAUUGUCACUGGCAUCUACACCACCAGCUCCCCGGAGGCCUGCCAGUACAUCUCUCAUGACUGCCGAGCCAAUGUCAUCGUGGUUGACACACAGAAGCAGCUGGAAAAGAUCCUGAAGAUCUGGAAAGACUUGCCACAUCUAAAGGCAGUGGUGAUAUACCAAGAACCCCCUCCAAAGAAGAUGGCUAACGUGUACACGAUGGAGGAGCUCAUAGAACUGGGGCAAGAAGUGCCUGAGGAGGCCCUAGAUGCCAUCAUCGAUACCCAGCAACCCAACCAGUGCUGUGUGCUCGUCUACACAUCAGGCACCACGGGAAACCCCAAGGGUGUGAUGCUGAGUCAAGACAAUAUCACAUGGACAGCACGGUAUGGCAGUCAGGCUGGGGACAUCCAGCCAGCAGAAGUGCAGCAGGAGGUAGUGGUCAGCUACUUGCCUCUCAGCCACAUCGCUGCCCAGAUCUACGACCUGUGGACAGGCAUCCAGUGGGGAGCCCAGGUCUGCUUUGCAGAUCCGGACGCCCUGAAGGGGACCCUGGUAAACACACUGCGGGAGGUGGAGCCCACAUCCCACAUGGGAGUGCCGCGUGUGUGGGAGAAGAUCAUGGAAAGGAUCCAGGAGGUGGCCGCUCAGUCUGGCUUCAUCCGCCGCAAGAUGCUGCUGUGGGCCAUGUCAGUCACCUUGGAACAGAACCUUACCUGCCCUAGCAAUGACCUGAAGCCCUUCACCAGCAGACUGGCGGAUUACCUAGUGUUAGCCAGGGUCCGUCAGGCUCUGGGCUUUGCCAAGUGUCAGAAAAACUUCUACGGAGCAGCUCCGAUGACGGCAGAGACGCAGCGCUUCUUCCUGGGCCUCAACAUCCGCCUGUAUGCAGGCUAUGGCCUCAGCGAGAGCACAGGCCCCCACUUCAUGUCCAGCCCCUACAACUAUCGGCUUUACAGCUCCGGCAGGGUGGUACCCGGCUGCCGGGUGAAGCUGGUGAAUCAGGAUGCAGAUGGCAUCGGUGAGAUCUGCCUGUGGGGCCGCACCAUCUUCAUGGGUUAUCUGAACAUGGAGGACAAAACCUGUGAGGCCAUUGAUUCGGAAGGCUGGCUGCACACAGGUGACAUGGGCCGCCUGGAUGCUGACGGCUUCCUCUACAUCACCGGGCGCCUCAAAGAAUUAAUCAUCACUGCGGGCGGCGAGAACGUGCCCCCAGUGCCUAUCGAGGAGGCCGUGAAGAUGGAGCUGCCCAUCAUCAGCAGUGCCAUGCUGAUCGGGGACCAGAGGAAGUUCCUGUCCAUGCUGCUAACCCUGAAGUGCACGCUGGACCCAGAGACGUCUGAGCCUACAGACAGCCUGACCGAGCAAGCUGUGGAGUUCUGCCAGCGGGUGGGCAGCAAGGCCAGCACCGUCUCCGAGAUCGUGGGGCAGAGAGACGAGGCUGUGUACCAGGCCAUUCACGAAGGGAUCCAGAGGGUGAACGCGAACGCCGCAGCCCGGCCCUACCACAUCCAGAAGUGGGCCAUUCUCCAACGUGACUUCUCCAUUUCAGGUGGAGAACUGGGACCCACCAUGAAAUUGAAACGGCUCACGGUUCUGGAGAAGUACAAAGAUAUCAUCGAUUCUUUUUAUCAAGAGCAAAAACAGUAGUCAGGAGCCAUGCUUGUGGCUUCUGCUGGAGACCAGCCCGGCAAGCAUCUUCCUGAGCGCCAGGUGUCUCCAGUGGGCAAAAGAACCUGUGACAAGCUGCUUCCACCCUUUAGUUCAGGGCAGAGCACUGACAUCUCCAAUGCCUUCACGUGCAAGUAGUUUCAAUUCUAACCACUGCUCCUGUUCAGGUGUCAAGCCAGACCAUUCUCCUUCCAAAAGAGAAGGACCGCUCACUUUGGCUUCAGGUCCAGGCAGAUCUACAAGGUUCUAGUUCACAGGUCUCCCAGGGGGCGCUGUUGGAGAGGGAAAGGGAUGGCAAUCCCAUUACUAAUGUGUGCUGCAGAGACAGCAGUCACAGCUCGCCUGACUUAAUUCUGGCUUCUUGGAAACUAGUACCACACUCUGCCACCUCACACACAAGAGGCUUGAUGCUUAAUAAACUGCUGCUGCCUAUGUGACUGUAUUUAAUAUGUAAUUUUCAGUAUUAAACCUUUUAACAGAUCUGCAACAAG